AAUAACCACAAGCCAAUCUUGUUGAGAUAAAAACAAUGCUUUUAUUUUGUAAUAUUUUUGUAUUAAGAAUGUAAACUUCCUGUCUCAAGGAACGCUUUUAUUUUGAAAUAUGGACUUCCUUUUCUGUGCAGUGCUCAAUGUAAAAACUUGUUAAGUAAAGUAUCGAAGAAUAAGAGACCCGAUGCGUCGCUAAUGGUUUCAUGCAUUCUGGCAGCCCCUCUGAAGAGGCAAAAGGUUUGUUUAUAUGUAUUUUAUGUGUUAAUGGUUUUGUUUUUGCAUAACUUUGCUGUAGCAUAUUAAUGUAAAUGAGUCUAGCUAAUUAGUCACAUGUUGUAUGUGUGUUCCAGCUCUUACGGUGGUUGUUAUGAUGACAAAGGAUAUAUGGAUGUAUGGAAGGUCAAAAAGGUUAAAUAAACUCAUCAACCAUCAGUAAAACUUCAUCUCUGUUCAUGGGGGCCUGYYACAGUAAGAGCUUAACCUCAGUGUGCUACAUCGAGCUACCCGCGAAGCUAAAGACGACGGCGGGCAGCAAGUUGGAGCAGUUAUAGCAGGAGAGCAAACAAGUAAGCUACAGACGGAAAUAAAUGAAACUAAAGCUUUGUUACAUCAAGGAAAUACAGAGAGCAUGUCAAGACAAGAAUUAAAGGACGAGAUUGAAGGAAAAGAAAAGCWAUUAGCGGAGCUUCACAGUAUGGAGGUUGCGGCCCAGUCACGUUUGCCGAGGCGCUCAGAGCGGCCUAGUGUACCAACAGAGAAAAUGCUCGCCUAUCAAUCGGAAGAACUGAAUAAAAAAGRCAAAAAACUGCUGAGUCUCUAUGAGCAAUGGAGACUGUUAAUCAGAACAAGCAGAGAAAGCCUAAAGACUGAUUUAUCAGAACAUAAGUUAUGUGCAAUGGCUGAUGAUAUUGAAAAGGGAUUGUGCGCCAUGUUGAAAGUAUACAAUGAAAUAAGAGAGCAUAUUACACCUUCUCCUGACACAAGACGCAAAAUGGACUCGUGCRAAGCAGUAACUAAAGAUAUUAUGAAAAUACUUAACGAACGUAUAACAGGAAUAAAUGGUGAUUUUGAUGCAGACACAGAACAGCGACGCCUUCAUCAGCUUCUGUCACAUCAUUACGCCCGGUCCAUCUACGGAUCUGCCUCUCAAUCAAGCGUCAGUAAGAAGUCAGACACAUCAAGCUUCACAACCAGAAGGAUUGAUGCAGCUGCAGAGCUGGCGGCAAAGGAAGCAGAAUAUAAAAUGGUGCAAGAAGAACUUAAACAAAGGGAAAAAAUAAGAGACAUUGAGGAACAACACAGAAAGGAACUGGAGGCACAAAAAUCAGAACUCGAGCGUCUAAAGGCAGAAAGGGAAAUGCAAGCUGCUCGUGCAAAACUUGAAAUCUACAACAGAGAAAUGAACGUAGAUGUGGAUCAACAGCAAUCACAACAGAACAUGCCUUUCCUUACAGACCAUCAAUCUGUACAUGAAGCGUCAGCGCCCCUUAGUGGUUUAUCUCUGCCAAUAAUGCCACAAAAUGUUUUAUCUGG